CUGCUCCCCGGCUGGGCCACUCCCUCGCCGGCCCAAACAGUUGUUUACAAAGGCGUCUGGGAGGAGUGGCGCCGCGUGCGGGAGGACGUGGCUCCCGGCGUCGGUGGACCGAUCCCCUGCGUUUUGCCCAAAGACCCUCUCUGCGGGGGCGUCUCUGGUGUCCAGCUCGGCCUGGGCUGAAGCUCCGAGAGACGGUCUUCACGGCCCGAGCGGGGACCCCGCCCCUCGGCUCCCUUUCCAGGCUUGGCGGGCACUGGGGAGUGUUGAGUAAUUAUAUCAAGUGAUUCUUCUCUGAUGUGCAGAAAAGAGUCUGUGACUCUUUCUUCUGAUCUCUGGAUUACCUUCCAGGAAAGUGAAUAAACUUAAUUGAGAAUGUCUGAAAAUCUUGAGAAGACCAAUAUAAUUGAAGCAGGAAAAUCAAAAUCAAAUGAUUCUGAACAAGGCCUUGAAGAUGCCGUGGAAGGUUCUGAUGAAGCUUUACAGAAAAAAAAGUCAGGCUCUCCUAGCACCCAGAGAGUGCAAAGACCUCACUCCAGUCCUCCUCGCUUUGUGACAGUAGAAGAGCUUCUAGAGACAGCAAAAGGAGUCACUAACAUGGCUCUAGCCCAUGAAAUUGUAGUCAAUGGAGACUUCCAGAUUAAACCUGUUGAAUUACCAGAAGAUAGUUUGGAGAAGAAAGUUAAGGAGAUUGUGCAUAAAGCUUUUUGGGAUUGCUUGAGUGUCCAGCUAAGUGAGGACCCCCCAACCUAUGACCAUGCCAUUAAACUUCUCGGGGAGAUCAAAGAGACUCUCUUUUCUUUCUUGCUGCCUGGUCACACUAGACUGAGAAACCAGAUUACGGAAGUCUUGGAUCUGGAUCUCAUAAAGCAGGAGGCAGAGAAUGGGGCCCUUGACAUUUCCAAGCUGGUUGAAUUCAUUAUUGGCAUGAUGGGGACCCUGUGUGCACCUGCUCGAGAUGAGGAAGUCAAGAAGCUAAAGGACAUUAAGGAAAUAGUGCCCCUUUUCAGGGCAAUUUUUUCUGUGUUGGACCUAAUGAAAGUGGACAUGGCGAACUUUGCUGUCAGUAGCAUCAGGCCACAUCUCAUGCAGCAGUCAGUUGAAUAUGAAAGGAAGAAGUUUCAAGAGCUUUUGGAGAAGCAGCCAAAUUCCCUGGACUUUGUCACCCAGUGGUUGGGAGAAGCCGCAGAUGACCUUAUGAAUCAGACGUAUAAAAAUGCCCUGCCAGCCGGAGGAGGGGCCGCUGGCUCGGGGGACAGUCCCAUGCCUAGUCCCGUUGCUGUCCAGAAUUACGCGUACCUGAAGCUUCUGAAGUGGGACCACCUCCAGCAACCUUUCCCCGAGACAGUGCUGAUGGACCAGGCUCGCUUCCAAGAGCUCCAGCUCCAGCUGGAACACCUGACCGUCCUGGGGGCGGUGCUGCUGGUCACGUUCAGCAUGGCUGCCUCAGGCGUUUCCAGCCAGGCCACCUUCGCUGAGAAACUCAAGAUGAUCGUGAAGAUCCUGCUCACAGAUAUGCAUCUGCCCUCCUUCCAUCUGAAGGAUGCCCUGACAACCAUUGGUGAGAAAGUCUGCUUGGAGGUGAGCAGCUGCCUUUCCCUGUGUGGGUUCACCCCCUUUACCACGGACAAGGAGAUCGUGCUCAAGGGCCAGAUCCAGGCGGUGGCCAGUCCUGACAACCCCAUCCGCAGGAUCAUGGAUUCCCGAAUCCUGACCUUCUUAGAAACCUACCUUGCCUCAGGCCAUGAGAAGGCAUUGCCCACAAUACCUGGGGGAUUGGGUCCAGUCCACAAAGAGCUGGAGGAAGUUGCUAUUAAAUUUGUUCGUCUGGUCAACUAUAACAAGAUGGUCUUCAGUCCCUACUAUGAUGCAGUCCUCAGUAAGAUCCUUGUUAGAUCCUAACACGUAUGCUCCCAAUAGCAGCGAUAUUAUCUACUCCGCUCAGAUUGCCUGUUCUCAAUUCUAAUGUUGCUUUGGAAAAUGGCUCUUUAGUACAUUUCUAUUUAAUAGCAUUGAUUCCAAAAGGAAGAAUAUAUUUAUUGUGUAUCACUAUUGAAAAGACUUGUUGAAAAA